AUGAUUGAAAUAGGAGACACAAGCGAGGAGAUAGAGUUUGUUCCUGUAAAGAGAUCUCCAUUGAAAGAAGCAGUAUCACCUUCGAAGAAAAAGAGAAAAUUAGAUUCACCGAUUAAGCUUAAUCAAAGCAAUUUAGAUGAUGGGAGUUUAUGCAGUAUUUGUUUAGAUAAUUUCAAUUGUUCUGGUGAGCACAGAACUGUAGCAUUAAAAUGUGGUCAUCUUUAUGGUAAUUCCUGUAUUUCAACUUGGGUAAAAGACAAUAAAAAUUGUCCAAGCUGUAAAUCAAAAUCAUCCAACAGAGAUUUUAGGUUUAUUUAUGCCACAAAAGUUCAAAUAGUUGAUAAUAGCCGUGAAGUGGAACUAGAAUUGCAGCUUCAAAAAGUAGAGCAGGAAAAGAGAGAUAUUCAGGCAACAAGCAGUCAAAAUGCCAUGACAAUAGCACUCCAAAAAAGACAAAUUAAAGAAUUAACGAGGGAGAUUGAAAGACUUAAAAGUAUGCAGCUUAUGAGGUCCAAUUCUAAUGAUUUAUCCUGUAAACUUUCGCUAAGGGCUGGACGAAUGUAUCUCGAAAAAUCCAUCGAAUUUAAGGAUAAUGCAGAUUGUAGGAUAAUUAAGUUUAUGCCAAAAAUUAAGAAAUUAAUCAUAUCACAGAAAGCAGUCGCAACAAGUCUGUUUACUGGAUAUGGCGUGAGAUUUGUAGAUGUUAAUUCCCAUAGAUGUGAAAAGUUUAUUAAUACAAGCAGUAAGCAGAUUAUUGAUCUAUGUUUUGAUCCAUCUGAGACUUAUUUGGCAACAGCAUCUCGUGAACCUGUCUGUAAAGUUUACAACAUACUCAGUUCUCAAAGUAUUGCUGUAUUAUCGCCUACUUCUUUAUCUCCAAUAUGGAGCUGUUCAUUUAAUAAGAAUCGAGAGAACCAAAUUUUUCUUGGUGCUCAAGACGGAAGUCUACAUAUGUAUGACUUUAAGAAACAAGCUGAAGUUCUUCAAAUACAGUCAAGCUUAGAUAAUAAGACACCAGUAAAAUUAAUCUUGUCAAUGCUCAAGAACGAUUCAUUCAUUUCUGGUGGAUUUUUCGUUAUUCACUUACGUGGUAUAUAUUUUUAUGAGUACAAAGACAGCAGCUUUGAAGUAAAUAAAUUGAAUUAUGAAGACAGCAUUGUGACAGCAAGCUAUGAUGAUCGAACGGAACUACUGUUAUUGUCAACGUCAAUAGAUGACAAAAUGAUGUACAUUUUAAUGAAAUUAAUUAAGGUCGAUGAAGUUCCAGUUCUUCAGGAAAGUUACCGAUUUUAUACGAAUCAGACUGGAGUUCCAUUCAUCACACGACCAGCUUUAAUAAAAGUUAAUGAUAGUUUUAUUGUUGCUUCAUAUUCCAAUGAGUCAAGAGACAUUCAAUUGUACACGCCUGAAGUAGGAAAACUUCAUCAAAUCGUAAUGCAGAAUCCAAUCUUGGAUGCAUGUUCUAUCUACAGUACAGAUAAUAAUGCAAGCACAUCAUUUGCGGCAUUAAGCUCCACAAGAUGCAGAAUUUUUAAAAUUAACUUGGAAUACGGUUGA